AUGUCUUGCCCUGAUUGCUUUGCCGGCUCGGCAUGGCGAGCACAACCUACUGGGACAUUAACGACAGUCCACGGUGUUCGCACCUAUGUCGCUCGUGGCGCGUCGCCGCACCAGGGGGGAACAACCAUCGUUUUGAUCACGGAUGCCUUUGGCUUCAAUCUCGCAAACAGCCAAUUGUUGGCAGAUGUCUAUGCCGCAUCGACGGGCUUUUGCGUUCUCGUCCCCGAUAUUAUCCCCGGAGGCGGGGUUCCCUUGUACUCUUUGGACCUCAUGAAUUCAGUGCGGAAACCCGUUGCAUGGUGGAAUGUCUGGGGCCAGCUCGUGCGAAUCUCAACUGUGGUGCGCAUGUUGAGCAUCUUCAUUCCGUUCGCGCGGCGGACUAGGAAUGUAUAUCCUCAUAUACUUGCCUACACGCGUGCGGUGCGAGCUGGUCUAGAGUCGGGCAAGAAAUUGGGCGUCGCCGGGUUUUGUUGGGGCGCAAUGCACACCAUGCAACUGAGUGCAGAGAGCGUGGCUACGGAGAACGAUGCAAAUCAACAUCAAGAGCCUCUAGUCCAUGCGCAAUUUGUGGCUCAUCCAUCUGGGCUGAAACCGGCGGCCAUGAUUCAGUUCCUGUCUCGUUUUUCUGUGCCCGUCUCCAUCGCCGUUGGUGAUGAGGAUAUAAUACUGCCCAAAGAGAGUGCCGCUGAGCUCGAGGCAGGAUUGCGAAAGUUCUACCCAGUGGAUGAGCAACCCUCUCGCUUGGAAAUCAAGAUGUACAGCAAUUGCGGCCAUGGAUUUGCUGUACGUGCAGACCGCAGUAAAGAGGUAGAAAAUGAGUCAGCAGACUUGGCUGCUGCGCAAGCAUCCGAGUGGUUUAGAACGUUCCUCGCGUAG